AUGGAAGGAAAGCUUCCGUACCAGCGGACAAUCGACCAUGCCCUCAGACGCCUAAAUUCGUUAACACGUACCAUGUCCAGAAACGAAGCUUUAAAGAACUGGCAUGUAGACGAAUUUGAAAAGUUGAUGAACGACGGCUAUAUGACAGAGGUUACAGCUGAGGAGGAUGUGCAGUGGAAAUCUAAUGGUGGCAAAGUCUACUACAUCUGUCAUUUCACACACUUUAAUGAGCAUAGUUCCUCAACCCCACUCAGAAUCAUAUUUGAUGCAAGUGUUCCAUUUAAAGGCAAGGCUAUAAACUCCUUGUGGGAACCACCACCAAAUUUGAUUCCACCAAUUCCAACUCUGCUGUUCAGGUUCCAGGAAAGAAAAAUACCGGUUGCAAUGGACAUAAGUAAAGCAUACUUCACUGUUCGCCUUGAGACAGAAGAAUCUCAUCUGCACCGCCUUUUGUGGAAUCAACUGGAAAAGGAAAAAGAAGUCAAGACGCUGCGAUUACUACGAAACUCCUGGGGAACUACUCCGGCAGGUGGUAUAUGCAGUGUAGCAAUGCUCAUCAUAGCUGAGAAAUUCAAGGACAAGUACCCACAGGUAUACGAAUUCGUAAAAUCGAACUUGUAUGUUGAUGAUGGUACUACAAGUGUUGAUGUUUCCACGGCAUUACAACUUGAUAAGGAACCUCAAAAACAUUGUCCUCAGUGA